ACAAAACAACUAAACCCUGGGGAAUCUCAUUUCUUUCAAUUUAUCCAAAGCCUCUUUCUGAUCGCGUUCGUCGCAAAGGGAACGAAGCUUCUUUCUUCUGUUUCUUCGACAUUGUCUCCGAGAGCUGUCUUAAGUUGGUAGCUCCACAGUUGCUGUUCUGCUUCAGCACCAUUAUCAUCGAAUGUCUUUAGAUACUUCUUUAGGUCAUAAGCUCAAGAUAAGGCUGAAGCUUUCAUCACUUAGCUCUAAUUCUUCUUCUAAAGGAAGGAGUAGAUCCAUUACUCAACGCAGUGAUGAUGACACUAACUCUCGGAAGACUAGUAAGACUACGGUUUCGUAUAUGAAGAAGAAGAGGGUCUACCCUAAUAAGGCUGAGCAUAACCAUGUGAACGAAAUCCCACGCACCAUGUGGGCUGCCUCAAAGAGAAACCAACGGUCUACUUCUAGUUUUAAGACCUCUACUGAUGCUGCAACAAGUGUGUUUAAAACAAAGUCACCGAGGGUAGAUGAUGCUACUCGAAAGAGCUACAGGAAGAGAGAUGAUUUGGAUAAUAAUGCAGAUGUGAGCCGAAGGAAAAGCUUGGAUGUGCCGUCUUUUAAGGCUAGAAAACAAGCGUUUUCAGAGAAGAGAGUUGUGGGAGAUGGUUCAGAUAUUCAGGAGGAUAAACCAAGGAAGAGAAAGAGGAUACGACUGGAUCCCUAUGAUACCUCAAAUAAAAGAAUAGAUGACGAUGUCGUUCUUGAUGAAGGCCUUAGAGUCAAGAACAUAAAAGAUGCAGUGAAAAGCGUAGAAAUGUCGAAAAAUGCACAGUUUCGUGCAAUUCAGCCUAGUCAUUCGAUCCUUUCCUAUGUGGAAGAAAAUCUGUUGGGGCGUAGACGUUUAAUUGAGCUAAAGAAGGCCGGCUACAACACAGAGCUUCCUGCUCCAUUAGAUAAUAUUCCACAGUCAACCAGCACAGAGAGAGAACGUAUAGAAGAAAGUGUAUUUAGGAAUAAAUUGGAAUUCUUUGCUGCUGCAAAUGUUUCAUCUUCAUUUCCACCUCCUGAUGUACCUGAGAUUGCGUUUGCAGGAAGGUCAAAUGUUGGGAAAUCGUCUCUGCUAAAUGCUCUGACCAGACAGUGGGGUGUUGUAAGAACAUCUGACAAACCAGGACUGACCCAGACCAUCAAUUUCUUCGGUCUUGGUCCGAAGGUUCGCCUUGUUGAUUUGCCAGGCUACGGCUUUGCCUUUGCAAAAGAUGAAGUUAAGGAAGCAUGGGAAGAUCUUGUAAAGGAAUAUGUUUCGACAAGAACUAGUCUUAAAAGGGUAUGCCUCCUUGUUGACACCAAAUGGGGUAUGAAGCCAAGAGACCAGGAACUUAUUAAUCUAAUGGAGAGAUCGAAUACAAAGUAUCAGAUAGUCUUAACCAAGACAGAUGUGGUUUUUCCAAUGGAUGUGGCACGUCGGGCAAUGCAAAUCGAAGAGAAGUUGAAGGCAAACAGAUCAAUUGUCCAGCCUCUGAUGAUGGUGAGCUCAAGAUCAGGAGCAGGCAUAGGAAGCUUAAGAACUGCCCUUGCCAAAAUUGCAAGGUUUGCAAAGUUCUAGAUUCUCAAAACCAAGGAUGUGUGUUGUGGAAGAGAAGGGAGAAAUCAAAAUGUUGAGAUAAGGAAGAGAUGGUGAAUGGGUGUGACGAUGAUGAUCCGACUAAGUUAGUGAAAACUGUCAACAAUCACUUUUGUUUUUAUUUGUUUAUUAUCUUUUUGUUUGUCAAAGCCAUCACUUAAGAAGAGCAAUGAGCAUAAUAAAAUGCUUUCUUCACGUUCUGACA